CAGUUUAUUUUAAAUCCGCGCCUCGGCGGAGAAAUCUCCCUGCUCCUGACCUUGCGCAUGUUUGUUUGCUGACAUUUGAUAUUAAAGGCCUGGGCAUACCAUUGCAACCGCGGGCAAAUGGAAGCUGUUUGAAGACGAGGUAAAUAUCCUCCCACUGAAGUUCCAUUUCACUUAUCGGAGCACUCUUUUGUUGAACGCCUCCAUCGCUGGCAGAAACUCCUGCACGUUUCCAUCAUCCCCUCUAUUUUGAACACACACGUACGCAGGAGCCAGACAGAGGCGCCGGUGAACUCCUGCCAUUUCCUUACAUCCGACCCCGGCAGCUGGGAGGAAAGAAAACUGCAACUGGGAAUAUUUCUUUUUGGAUUGUUUGCUUAAAAUGUUCCCUUUGCUGCAAUAAAUGUAUCCAAUUAAAGGCCCAUCACGAUGCUGACGGCAUCCACCCGCCUGCUGACAGUUGGACUAUGGCGACCAGCACUCCUGGUCAAGCCUCCUGGCGUCUGCCAUCCCAUCACAAGGCCGAUCUCUGGCUAUGGUCGUUUGCCCCAGCUACCUGUACCUCCGCUGAGACAUACCCUGGAGCGCUACCUCCUGGCGUUGCAGCCUCUGGUGAGCCCCGAGGAGCUGGAGCAGACGAGAGAGAUGGUGAGAGAGUUCAGUAAGCCUUAUGGCAUUGGGUUGAAACUACAAGACAGGCUGGAGAAACGCUCCAGGAGAACUGAGAACUGGCUGACUGACUGGUGGCUCCAGAGUGCUUACCUGACAUGUCGACUGCCCCUGGCCGUUCACUCGAACCCUGCCGUGGUUCUCCCCAAACAGGACUACAGUGACUGGAAAGGGCAGCUCAGGUUUGCAGCCAUGCUAAUCGCUGGAGUGUUGGACUUCAAGUCUAAGCUUGACAGCCAGUUACUUCCAACAGAGUAUAGUCGAGGCAAACCCCUCUGCAUGGAUCUCUACAGCAAAAUCCUGUCUUCCUGCCGCAUCCCCGGGCCCAAGCGUGACUCUUUGAUAAACUACGGCUAUAGCCGGUCCCCACCAACACACAUCACCGUUGUCCGGAACUUCCAGUUCUUCCACCUGGAUGUGUACAACAGCGACGGCUCCCCACUCACCGUGGACCAGAUCCACAUGCAGCUCCAGCGCAUCCGGAAUUUCUCCUGGAAGACGGACAAGGAGCCACUGGGAGUUCUGACCAGUGAUCACCGGAACACCUGGGGCCAGGCCUACAAUACGCUGAUGAAAGACAAGCUGAACAGGGAGUCGGUCCGGGCCAUUCAGCAGAGCAUCUUCACCGUGUGCCUGGACUCGCCGGUCCUGAAGAUCUCGGAGGAGAAGUACACGAGUCGGAUGGCGGCACAGAUGCUACACGGAGGAGGAAGCUACUCCAACAGUGGCAACCGUUGGUUCGACAAAACUCUGCAGUUCAUUGUGGGCGAGGAUGGAUCCUGUGGUGUAAUCUACGAACAAUCAUCUGCAGAGGGCCCACCCAUUGCUACGAUACUGGACCACGUUCUGGAUUAUUGUAAAAAUCCAGAUACAGUUCGAGCUCCAAUGAUUCCUCUGCCAUUGCCAAAGAAACUUUACUUCUAUAUCACUCCGGAGAUAAAGCGAGACAUUGAGCAUGCCAAACAGAACCUGGACAUUUUAGUCAACGACUUGGACAUCAGCUGCUUCACCUACAGAAACUUAGGCAAAGACUUUCCCAAGAAACACGGCAUAAGUCCUGACUCGUUUGUUCAGAUGGCACUGCAGUUGGCAUACUAUAGAAUGUACAACGAGCUGUGUUCCGUGUGUGAGACUGUUUCUCUGAGAAACUUCCAUCUGGGGCGCACUGAUGUAGUUCGAUCCUCAUCUACGGAUUCCUUGAAGUUUGUGGAAAGAAUGGAUGAUCCUGGAAAAGAGGCACACCAGAAGUUAGCAGCCCUGAGGAAGGCCAUUGACUGCCAUAGUGCGUAUACUGACAUGACGUUGAAAGGGAUGGCGAUUGAUCGACACCUGUUGGGGCUGAAGCUGCAGGCUAUUGAAGAAGGGCUGAGUGUGCCAGAGAUCUUCAUGGACACGUCAUUUGCUGUGGCAACGCACUGGAGACUCUCUACAGGGCAGGUCUCUGCUAGAGCGGACUGUGUGAUGUGUUUCGGCCCCAUGGAACCAGACGGGUACGGGGUUUGGUACAAUCCUUUGGAAGAUCACAUCAAUUUCUCUGUCUCCGCAUUCAAUUGCUGUGAAGAGACUAACGCAGAGUCAUUUUCAAGAUCACUGGAGACGGCCCUCUCAGAUUUGCAGAAUUUGGUCUUGGCAGCAUCUGGUCAGAAUCCAUAGAGAGAGUUGGCCAGGAACAGCCAGUCUCCUGUAUAAAGUCAGAAAUGCAACCAUUUACUGCGAGGUCACCACAGUCUGAACUAACAAGGUUUAUUAAGGCUAAUUGUCGCUGGAUCAGAUGUCCCAGCAGCUGAGCUAAUAGUUGGUAUUCAUAAGUGCGCGAUGCAGGAAGCUGUUUACAAGUUUGCUUGCUGUCUCCGUGUUCAAAGGUCAAAGUAGAUUGGUCCCUUAAUUUGUUUGAUAAAUCCUCAGCUGCAUUUUUCUGUUACAAAUUAAGUGUGUUAGGAUGGAAAAGGUAUGCGUCGUUUAUUAUGCAUUGCAUUUGACUUCCUUCCGGGAGGUUUAUGGGCACCUUCUCUGACAACUCAAGAUGUGGAAGUACUGCUUUCACUACAUAGAACACUGUACUUGUGGAAUAAACCUGUUACAACUAUA